GGGUGGAGCCGGCUUAGGACAGAAGCGGGUAAGUUCAGCUCACGACGGGUUGGAGCCCAGAGAGGGCUUCAGACUGGCCCCAGGGUUUCAGGGAAGCAGGGCCAUCGGAAGUUAUCGGGCCCAAAGACUUCCUGGCCGGCCAGCCCCUUCCUUCCGGAGCCUGACCCGGCCUCCGGCGGCCUCCCCCACGCGCGCGUCCAGGCCGGUGCUCGGGGGUGGGGCAGGCGGAGCUGAUCACUACCUGACGGCCUUCUUGGCGGCCUGGCCGGGCUGUGCCGGGUGGUAGGGCAAGACACGCGGUUCCCAGUUCUCUGCGCCGGCCCCGGGCCUCUCGCGCUCCGCUCCUGGUUGCACCGAGUUGGGUCGGCGAGCCGCGUUGGUGUUGCCGUGAGGCGGCAGCUCAGAGUCUCCGGGUUGCGGGGGCCCUGGGCCGCACGGCUCCUCCACCCAGGUGACGCUGAGCAGGCUCAGGGUGAAUCCCAGGGAGAUGCCCACAGCCACGGGCCCUGCGGGCCGCAGCACCGACAGCAACAGCGAUGCCCGCAUGGCGCCCGGACCGCGGGCCCCCGGCCCCAGCGCAGCCCCAGAGCAGCCCCAGGAGGCUCCGAGGGGGCGGGACCGGGGAGGGGGCGGAUCCGGAGGGCCGGGGCCCAGCGGGCGGGCCCGCUCCCUCCCCGCCGAGCGGAGCCAGCAGCCCGAGCCGAAUCCCCAGUGCAGUGCUUCGAUCUCCCUCCAGUUGCGCUCGGCGCGGGAGCCUCGGCCGCUGCAGCCGCUGUCCGACGUGUCACUGCGAGGGCCCCGCCCCCGGGGUGGGGUCUCAGGCUCCAGCUACCGGAGAGGGAGGAGAAGGGGGAGGUUAAAGGGGAAGGACCCCCGGAAGUGCCCCCUCCUCAGUGCCGGAGAGGGAGACGCCGGGGGCGGAGUCCCCUACCUCCCCCUGGCGUGGUUGGUGCGUCCCGGGUGACGUCAGAAGCAGCCCGCCCCUGCUUGGAUGGUGCGUCCUGAGUGACGUCAGGAGUAGAGGGCCGGAGCUGUCCAUCAGCACCAAAGGCCGCGGGCGGGCUCAGGGCAUGGGGCCGCGGCUCUGGGGCAGCCCGAGCCCCAGCUCCUGCUCUUUUCUCUUUCCCGGGGUCCGUCCUGAGUCCCCGAACGCCGCGGGACUGGACUGCCAGCCGGUGUUGGAGGUGGAGCGGCGACGCCGCCGCGCAGAGACCGGUGUCUCCGGCCCAGCAGCCCCAUUCCCCACACGGCGGACUUUCCCUAGACCCCUGUCAGUUGGAUCCUCUGGCACCCCGCAACCCCGGCCCCUCCGACCCCUGCACGGCCUCUUUCGCUCAGAAGCCCAGGUCGCCUCCAACCCAGGUUGAUCUGGGAGGGCGAUCCCCUUCCAUUCCCAGCACUAUGCCGGGCACUGUGGAGACACUGCGGUUCCAGUUGCUGCCCCCUGAGCCAGAUGAUGUCUUCUGGGGUGCACCUUGUGAACAGCCCCUGGAGCGCAGAUACCAGGCACUGCCGGCCCUCGUCUGCAUCAUGUGCUGUUUGUUUGGAGUCGUCUACUGCUUCUUUGGUUACCGCUGCUUCAAGGCAGUACUCUUCCUCACUGGGCUGCUGUUUGGCUCAGUGGUCAUCUUCCUGCUGUGCUACCGAGAGCGGGUGCUGGAGACGCAACUGAGUGCCGGGGCGAGUGCAGGCAUCGCACUGGGCAUUGGGCUGCUCUGCGGGCUGGUGGCCAUGCUGGUGCGCAGUGUGGGCCUCUUCCUGGUGGGGCUACUGCUCGGUCUGCUGCUCGCCGCUGCCGCCCUGCUGGGCUCUGCACCCUACUACCAGCCAGGCUCAGUGUGGGGCCCACUGGGUCUACUGCUAGGGGGCGGCCUGCUCUGUGCCCUGCUCACGCUGCGCUGGCCCCGCCCACUCACCACCCUGGCCACCGCGGUGACUGGUGCGGCACUCAUCGCCACUGCUGCUGACUACUUUGCUGAGCUGCUGCUGCUGGGGCGCUACGUGGUGGAGAGACUGCGGGCCGCACCGGUGCCUCCCCUUUGCUGGCGGAGCUGGGCCUUGCUGGCACUCUGGCCCCUGCUCAGCCUGAUGGGCGUUCUGGUGCAGUGGCGGGUGACGGCAGAGGGGGACUCCCACACCGAAGUGGUCAUCAGCCGGCAGAGACGGCGUGUGCAGCUGAUGCGAAUUCGGCAGCAGGAAGAGCGCAAAGAGAAGCGGCGGAAGAAGAGACCCCCUCGGGCUCCCCCCAGAGGUCCCCGGGCUCCUCCAAGGCCUGGGCCCCCUGACCCUGCUUAUCGACGCAGGCCAGUGCCCAUCAAACGCUUCAAUGGAGACGUCCUCUCCCCGAGCUACAUCCAGAGCUUCCGGGACCGGCAGACUGGGAGCUCCCUGAGCUCCUUCAUGGCCUCACCAACAGAUGCAGACUAUGAGUAUGGGUCCCGCGGACCACUGACAGCCUGCUCAGGACCCCCCGUGCGGGUAUAGCUGUAUCUCUGCCUGUCUAGACUCUGCAGUCACCAGCUCUGCCAGCCUGAGGAGGCUUGCCAGACCACCACCCAGGCUGCCUGGCCCUGCGGCCUUUGGCUGUCCCUCUCCACUCCCUGGAGAGGACUGGCUGGCCACUAGAAGGAAGAUCUAUCUCAGGCUAAGCCUGGCCUGAGGGGAAAGCUCCCUUCCAAGCUCCCAAGGGACUCCUGGGGGACUUGGGGUGUGAGCCCUACUGGGGUGUGCUCAGGGGAGUGAGUGUGUCACCUAUGUAUGUGUGUGUGUGAGGCGGUAGGCUUGGAGGGGACACUGGGACCCUUGCCUUAGAUUUCUGAUUGGUAGGGCUUCUCUAGGGCUGGCCCCGCUUCCUCUCCUACUGCUGGGGUCCCAUGGACCAUGCUCCUGCAUGUCUACAUGGAGGAGGCCACCUUCCUCCCUCAUCACUCCACCUCCCAACCAUUCAUCUAAAGGUUCUUGUCCCUGUCUACAGGGCAGACUGCAGCACCCUUCACCCUAGUCCCCUGGCCUCUGCAAAGCCAUGUGCCUGAGGGCAUUGUCAGGGGAUGGGGUGCUGCUGUGGGCUGGGUUGGGGGGGAGGGUCAAGGGAGAGGGCUUAAAUGCACGGUGCAUGUCUGGUGUCUGUCAUGCCACCCAUGACACCUCAUGCUUCUGUCUCUCCCCACCCCACCCUGUUUUACAAUCUUUUAUAAAUGUGCCAAACUGCAUGGCCUCUGCCAGGAGUGGUGGUCUUAAGUGACUGGCACUUCUGUGGGCCUUGGCCCUGUGCCACUUACUACAGGGGCUUCAUGCAAGGUCUGUCCUCACAGAGAGGCACACAGAG